AUGCAGGAGUAUCCUGUCAAAGAGGGGGACUUCGGGAAAUAUCAAUGCUUCCAAUUUAUUCUUCACAUACUGGCGGCAAUGACAGCCGGCAUGCACAUGCUGUCUCUGGUAACAGUGGCUGCGGUACCUGAACAUAGAUGUGCCCUCGAAGGAAUAGACAGCAUGAAUUUUACUGAACCGUGGAAUUCCUCUCUAGUACAAAAUGCUAUCCCCAUAAAUGAACACGGAAGGUUGGAUUCUUGUAACGUGUAUGGGGUAAAUAAAUCAUUUGAAGAGUGUCGCUCGUGGGUUUACGACACUAAAUACUAUUCAUCAUCGCGCGGGAUUGAAUGGGAUCUAGUGUGCAGUCGCCGAUGGAUGGGUGCCGCAGCACAAACCGCAUACAUGUUUGGUGUAGUCGUCGGCUCAGUCGUACUUGGUCGUCUAUGUGACAAACUGGGUAGGAAAACAAUUUUUGUCUGGUCUGGAGUUCUCCAACUAGCAUUUGGCAUAGCAGUUGCUUUCACCACAGAAUAUUAUACAUUUGUAGCAGUUCGAUUUCUUUAUGGUAUUUUUGGAUCUGGUUCUUACAUAGCCGGUUUCGUAUUGACCAUGGAGCUUGUCGGACCAAGUAGACGUACCGUCUGUGGCGUUACAUUUCAAAUUAUGUUUGCAAUCGGAAUAAUGCUUUUGGCCGCUUGGGGAUACCUUUUAGACAAUAGAUUCUAUUUGCAAAUUUUAUAUGCAUUACACGCAGCGAUAUUACUUCCACACUGGCUUAUAAUGGAUGAAUCUCCCAGGUGGCUGUGGGCUCAAGGCCGCGCUCGUGAGUCGGUUGCCAUUAUAGAAAAAGCUCUAAAAAUUAACAAAUCAAAUGAAACUGUGGAUACUGCUUCACUGGUAUCUCAAUGUAAAGUAGCGAGCGCGAAAUAUUCUGACGAGCAUUCAGCUGGAACGUUUGACCUUUUCAAAACGCCUAAUAUGCUAAAGAAAACUUUAAUAAUCUGUGGCUGCUGGUUUGCCAAUUCUGUUGUUUAUUACGGUUUAUCUCUGAAUACUGGAAAACUAAAUGGAAAUCCCUAUUUUAUAAUGUUUCUAAUGGGUGUAGUCGAACUACCCAGCUAUGUAAUAAAUAUGUAUUAUUUAGACCGAGUAGGUCACCGAGCACUGAUCAGUGUCAUGAUGUUGUUAGGUGGGGUUUCUUGCUUAGUUGUAGUCGCUUUACCUCAUGGUUCUACGUCCACUACCGGCGUUGUUAUGCUUGGAAAACUUUUUAUAUCCGGAUCUUAUUCAAUCAUCUAUAAGUAUUCAGCGGAACUGUUUCCAACUGUGGUACGAAGCUCAGGGGUCGGUCUCGGAAGUAUGUGUGCAAGUGUAUCUGGUGCGUUAACACCUUUGAUCAGUUUGCUCGAUACACUCAAUCCAAAAAUCCCUACUAUAAUCUUUGGAUUUCUAGCUUUGUUAUCCGGGUUUUCUACAUUCCUACUGCCCGAAACCAUCGGCAGAAAUCUACCGCAAUCAAUUGAAGAUGGGGAGAAAUUCGGAGUUGGAGAUACUUGUUUCACAAACUGCAGUGGUAAAAGAAUGAGUAAUACUUCUUUGGAUCUUCCUGAAACUAUGGUACCAUUAGAUGCAGAAAAGAAGCAAUGA